UUGCCUUGAGCGCGGAGGCUCUUGCGUGACUCAUUGUGCGUAGCUCAAGCAAAAGUACCGAGAGAAGGGGGAAUGUCGGCUUGUGAAUGAUCGGUGUGUGAGGCGGCAGGGACCGUUAACGUUAUGGCUCAACAAAAGAACCUGGAUGGAUACGUUGGCUUUGCAAGCCUCCCCAACCAAGUGUACAGGAAGUCUGUCAAGCGGGGCUUUGAGUUCACCCUCAUGGUUGUGGGUGAGUCAGGACUGGGGAAGUCAACCUUGAUUAAUUCCCUGUUCCUAACAGACCUGUACUCAACGGAGUAUCCUGGACCUUCACACAGAAUCAAAAAGACUGUACAGGUGGAGCAAUCCAAAGUCUUAAUAAAGGAAGGAGGCGUCCAGCUGCUGCUCACAAUAGUUGACACCCCGGGCUUCGGAGACGCCGUCGACAACAGCAACUGCUGGCAGCCGAUCAUCGACCACAUAGACAGCAAGUUCGAAGACUACCUGAACUCAGAAUCACGGGUGAACAGACGGCAGAUGCCCGACAGCCGAAUCCACUGCUGCCUUUAUUUCAUCGCCCCCUCUGGACACGGGCUGAAGCCCUUGGACAUUGAGUUCAUGAAACGGUUGCAUGAAAAAGUCAAUGUCAUCCCGCUGAUCGCCAAAGCAGACACUCUCACUCCGGAGGAAUGCCAACAGUUCAAGAAGCAGAUCAUGAGAGAAAUCCAAGAGCACAAAAUCAAGAUUUACGAGUUUCCUGAGACGGAUGACGAAGAGGAGAACCGGCUGGUGAAGAAAAUUAAAGACAAGCUGCCGCUGGCCGUGGUGGGAAGCAACACCAUCAUUGAGGUGAACAGCAAGAGGGUGAGAGGAAGACAAUACCCCUGGGGUGUUGCAGAAGUUGAAAACAGCGAUCAUUGUGACUUCACCAUCCUCAGGGACAUGCUCAUCAGAACUCACAUGCAGGACCUGAAGGAUGUGACAAACAACGUCCACUAUGAAAACUACCGCAGCAGGAAGCUGGCCGCUGUCACCUAUAAUGGCGUGGACAACAAUAAAGCAAAAGGACAGCUGUCCACCAAUAUGGAGACAGUUGAUGGAAUGAGUCCCCUGGCCCAGAUGGAGGAGGAGAGGCGAGAGCACGUGACUAAGAUGAAGAAGAUGGAGAUGGAAAUGGAGCAGGUGUUCGAGAUGAAAGUCAAGGAGAAAGUGCAGAAGCUCAAAGACUCUGAGGCGGAGCUUCAGCGGCGUCACGAGCAGAUGAAGAAAAACCUGGAGGCUCAGCAUAAGGAGCUGGAGGAGAAGAGGCGCGUCUUUGAGGAGGAGCGGUCAAACUGGGAGCUCCAGCAGCGGAUUGAGCAGCAGAAAAUGGAGGCCACCAGGACUCUGGAGAAAAACAAAAAGAAAGGAAAGAUCUUCUAGAGACAGUCAGCGCGACCAGUUCCAGUUAUUUCUGUUUGCCAACGUUGCCGGUCAGAACGCCAGAAUGUGGCGCUCUGAUACCACCUUCAUCUCCUCUCUUCUUCCUCAUUCUCCCUCGCGCUUGUGCUCUACCUGCUCCCAGCCACUAGAGGUCAUACUCGGGCCAGUUUUUUAUUUUUUAUUUUAUUGUUUUCUUCCAUGUGGGGACGGAGGGGAGUCUGCGUACAGCCAGAACCGCAUCCACAGAGCCCCUCUCACUGCCCCCGGGACUCACCGCCAUCGUUAAGGAAUGGGUUUACUUUAACAGCAGCAAAACAAAAAGCUCCCUUUCAGUAAGGCCAACCCCACGUUAUUAUUUUAAUUAUUAUUGAUGUUUAUUAUUGUGGUUGUUCUGACUCAAUACUGUCCCCGCCCUCAGCUACUGCUCUUUAUUUUUCAUCCCCAAGGUGGCUUUAAAUGACCCGUGUGUACAGAUUUAUGGAGAGCGAAGACAAAACUGAAUUCUCGUGAGUUGCGUUUGAUAGCUGAACAAUCAGUUUCUGUUGAAUUUCAUGUUUACAGGAAAGAAACAGUGUUUGAAAAUGAAUCUGAUCUCACACGUUAAAAUAAGAAGAGGACGGGGUUGUUAAUUGAAACCUGCAAACCUCGUCUCUUGACUAAAAUGAGACCGGAAAAACUUGAGAUCAUGAGAAAAUAUAGCAUGCACCUUGGGCCUUUUUAAAGACUAUUAAAAAAAAUGGCUAAAGUUCAUUUUUUUCUGAAGUGUAACAAGUUCUUUUUCCUCCGUGUUUAGCUAUUUCUUCUAGCCUUGGACCAUCAUUUAUAAUAAUUGUUAUAUUUCACUUUAGUUUAUUUUUAUAUAUAUACCGAGCCAGCUGAAGUAAUAACUUUUGUAUGUUUAGUAAAUUCUCACAGACUGACAGCGGUGUCUUCUGUUGAACUCGCAUAAAAGUCCUGUGGGUGCUUUAAAAAGAUAAAUUGGCGUCGUCACAGCGGAAAUGGAUUAGUGGAAACGAAGAGUCAACACCACAUUUUGCUUUGGCUAUGUACUCCAUCUGUAUUUUUAAUUUUAUUUUUCAUUUGUAAUGUACAAAGUCACUUAAUAAACAUGUGAUUGAAUUUA